GCUGCAGCAGCAGCAGCUCGAGCAGACACGCCUCUCUCUUCCCGGUGCUUGACGCUCCGGUGCGCUAGUUGUCUGAGAAUAAAGGUUUUUUUUUUAAAGGGACUGUUGAGGAAAAACACUCUAAUGGGGGAACGGAAAAGACUGUCACAAGCGCAGUGAGUGUGUGCGUGUCCAGAGCCGCUCGCGCCGCUGCACCUGUCCCUCUCCGUCUCGCGCGCCCAAACUCGGCAGGCAGGCUCCAGCGGACGGCGGGCGCGUUUUAUCCAGUCAGCGGCGCACAACACGGGCAGCCUUAACAUGACUUCGUCCUACAAUCUGGAUUUUCUACCCGAGAUGAUGGUAGAAGGACGACUGUUGAGCGCCGGAGAAAGGAUUAACGGUACAGCUGGGAAGAUGAACGGCGCCCUGGAACACUCGGACCAGCCUGAUCCGGACGCCAUUAAGAUGUUUGUGGGUCAGAUCCCACGCUCCUGGUCCGAGAAAGAAUUAAAGGAGCUUUUUGAGCCGUACGGAGCCGUCUACCAGAUCAACAUACUGCGAGAUCGUAGUCAGAACCCACCACAGAGCAAAGGGUGCUGUUUUGUCACAUUCUACACACGGAAAGCUGCCCUAGAGGCUCAGAAUGCACUGCACAACAUAAAGACCUUAACUGGGAUGCACCAUCCCAUACAGAUGAAGCCCGCAGACAGUGAGAAAUCAAAUGCGGUGGAGGACAGAAAGCUGUUCAUCGGCAUGGUGUCAAAGAAAUGCAACGAGAAUGACAUCCGAAUCAUGUUCUCUCCUUUGGGACAGAUCGAGGAGUGCCGUAUCUUGAGGGGACCAGAUGGACUCAGCCGAGGAUGUGCGUUUGUCACGUUUUCUACCAGGGCUAUGGCACAGAAUGCAAUCAAAGCCAUGCAUCAGUCUCAAACCAUGGAGGGCUGCUCCUCCCCCAUGGUGGUGAAGUUUGCCGACACGCAGAAGGAUAAGGAACAGCGGCGGCUGCAGCAGCAGUUGGCGCAGCAGAUGCAGCAGUUGAACAGCGCGUCUGCCUGGGGCAGCCUGACCGGCCUGACUGGCCUCACCCCACAGUAUCUGGCAGUAAGAGGACACACCCACGCAGCCACGCCAACCAGCAGCACAGCCAACGCAGCCGUCGCAUUGCUCCAGCAAGCGACCUCCUCCAGUAACCUAGGAGCGUUCAGUGGUAUUCAACAAAUGGCAGGUAUGAAUGCUCUGCAGUUGCAGAAUCUGGCCACUCUAGCAGCAGCAGCGGCUGCAGCACAGAGCUCAGCCAGCCCGUCCACCGCUAGCGCCCUGACCUCCAGCACAGGGUCCCUGGGAGCCCUGGCCAGCCCAGCAGGUUCCACGGCUAACUCCGGUGUGGGUGCGAUGGGUUCCCUGGGUUCUCUUGGAACACUGCAGGGCUUGGCCGGGGCCACCGUUGGCCUCAAUAACAUAAAUGCACUAGCAGGUAGCGUCAACAGUAUGGCAGCUCUGAACGGCGGGCUGGGCAGCACGGGCCUAAGUAACGGGUCGGGCGGGCCCAUGGAUGCUCUCACACAGGCCUACUCAGGGAUCCAACAGUACGCGGCUGCCGCCCUGCCCACCCUCUACAGCCAGUCCCUACUGCAGCAACAGAGUGCUGCGGGCAGCCAGAAAGAGGGACCUGAAGGAGCCAACCUGUUCAUCUACCACCUGCCACAGGAGUUUGGGGACCAGGACAUCCUACAGAUGUUCAUGCCUUUCGGAAACGUGGUGUCUGCCAAAGUCUUUAUUGACAAACAAACCAAUCUGAGCAAGUGCUUCGGUUUCGUCAGUUAUGACAAUCCUGUGUCAGCGCAGGCCGCCAUUCAGGCGAUGAACGGCUUUCAGAUCGGCAUGAAGCGUCUCAAAGUCCAGCUCAAGCGCUCGAAGAACGACAGCAAACCGUACUGAUCUUAGCUCUAGGGCCUCUCUCAUGUUACACUGCUAGGGUAAGUCCCCACUGCUGCCACGGUUGCCAAACUGGGACUCCGGGGGGAGGGGGUGCACGAGGGGGAGUUUCACCCUUUGACCACCAGAGGGAGCCACUCUCCCAUAACCUUCUUUUCAGCUUUUUGAAUUAAUAACAGUAUUAUUAUUUUGUCUCUUUUUUUUCUUCUUCACAUGAACGCUUCCAUUUCCGCCAUUUUUUGUAUGACUUGCGAUGGAUGAACAGCUAUUAUUGGUCAACUUUUAUUUUAUUUUUAUUUUUUCUCGUUUAAGUCAUGUGUAAACUAUUUGGUUUUUUUAAAUUACAUAUUUAUACAAUAGCUAUUUCAAACUAUGAUGAUAACAACAGCAGAAAGAAAUGAUGUAUAAAGUAUUAUUUGUUUCUCUUUGUGAACCUGAGGCUUGUAAGGACAAGUAGAGAAGGUUCCGAUAUGAUUAAAGCACCAAUAUGCACAUUAACCUUUGCCCUUUGGCCUCUGGUGUCGGUUCAGGGCUUUGCUGCUCCUUCGAACCCUUGGCCCACUGGCACUAUAGAGGAAAGGGUUAAACCCGCUGUGGCCUCUCUGUAGUCAACGGCAAAAACUGCCUAAACAGCUUCCUCAACAAAUACUUGCCGUCAAAUGUUCAGUGAUUUUUUUUUAUUAUUAUUAUUUGUCAUUCUCUGUCAGUAAGGCUUUUUUUUUUUUUUUUUUUUUUUCGUUAUUGUCGUUUUUUUAUGCUUGGUUUUUAGGUUUGGUUUGUUUAUUUAUUUAUUUUUUAAAGGGAAAAAAAAAUAGUCCGAAUUUUAUGGGUCAGAUGAUUGUGGUCUUUGUCCAAAAGAAUUUGUGUAGAGCAUUAAAAAAUAUUUAGAUCUGUCGAUGGUUAAAAAGAAUAAAGCAUUCUAGGUUCUGUGUGGAGGGGUGGGCAACUGAAAACUUGAUAUUUAUUGAAAGAAAAAAAAAAACACAAAUUACAGAAAGCCACAGGCCUGUAAAUUUUAUUUGUAAAAAAAUGCAGUUCUAUUUUUAUACAAAAUUUCUACUGCCUCUGAAGUAAAGGACUUUAUUUAUUACCUUUUAAGUUAUUAGGUUUGGAAAGUGGUCUUCUUAAACCACACACUCUGUUGCGUGACGAGAACACAGAAUCACGUGCAAAACCCCUAUUUUUUCUUUCUUUCUCUCCCUCGCCAUUUCCCACAAUCCCAUCCGUCACGUCCCCAUCAUAUCUGUCUCGACUCUCUCUUCCUCUUCUCUCUUUCGUCAUAAGUAGUGGCACUUCAUAAGUGAAAUCUCCCUUUUUUGUUUCAUUUUGUUUCAUAUUGUUUGGUUUUUGUUCGUACUCUCCAAAAAAAUAAAUUAAUAAAUAAAAAAGCGAUCCACCUAGGGGUCUCAGAUCGGGAGAUCGGACCAGGAUGGAUACUUUUGGGUGUAUGUCUGUAUGGAGAAGAUCGAGUAUGUGUUUGUAUUCUCGUGUACAUGUUGGCAGUUUAUUCAAAAUUUCUGUACUGUGUAUAUAUUUAUAUAUAUAUAUAUAAACAAUGCUAAUGUGAUGUUGGUGAAACGCUGGUUAAUAGCACUGCUACUGUUAUUGUCUGUUCGUUUGUUUUGUUUGUUCGUUUGUUGUUCUCAUGGUUUAAUGAUGUUAGUUGUGUGCCGGAGCUGUGUGUGUAACUCUCCUCUCCCGUUUUCUUCCCUAGAACUCAUCUCCAUGACUCUAUGCUCAUCGUUUGCCUAGCAUGUCUACGUGGCGUACAAAAAAAAAAGUCUCAUCGUCCUGUCAUUAUUUUCUGAUGUUUUUCUGAGUUCUCCUGCUCAUAAUCUGGUCUCCUUUUACUGAUCUUUGUACUUUGAUCUUAGCCUGAUCUGUUUGGAAAAUAUUCGCAUGUGACCUCAUUUUGAACUUUUUUUUUUCUUUCUUGUUUUUGUUUUGUUUUCUGUUUUGUUUUUUUGUUUGUUUAGAUUAACUUGUGAGGGAGGGAGGGAAGGGAGGGAAAAAAAAACAAACAAAAAAAACAACAAUAAUAAUAAUGUGAAAACGCUGCAUUCACACUCUAGAGACAGAGUAUAUUUACUAGCAUAACCAGAGCAUCAUUUUAAGAAAUAAAACAAAAAAGAAAACAAAAAAAUCCUGUGGCAAAACAAUUACAAAUAUUUACGUUUGACUUUAUUUCUUUUUUCUUUGUCAGAUUGUUUUCUCUCUCUCUCUCUCUGUAUUGUUGUUUGUUUGUUUUCCAUUCAUUUAAAGUAAACUUGAACGUUCAAUACAGGGAUUGGCGUUGGGACUUACUGUCGGCAACACUCAUAAUUUGAGGCCUGCCGUAAGAAACCCAUGCUGGUUUCUAAAUGAAUAGACUACUUCCACGCAGUUUUAAUAAUAAUAAUAAUAAUAAUAAAAAAGCUGUCUGAUCGAUAUUAGAAUCUCUCAGAGCUUGCUCGUGGUUUUUACAUUUUUCAGGCAGUGUAAAGUUUUUUGAUAAGGCCAUUUUAAGUGGCUUGAUUUCUCAUUAAAGUCUAUAUAAAACCACUUUUUUCUAGAGUAGUAAAGGUAUAAACACACACACACACACACACACAAGAUUGCCCUGUUUGGGGGGAAAUGCUACCUACGUGUCACACCUUUUGCUGAACUGACUUACAGUUAGACAAUCUGUGGUUUAAAUGCACAUGAAAUGACCUAUAUUUUAUACUGUUUAAAUGUAUAGAGGAAAAAAAAAAAACAGAGUUUGUGUAACCCGCGGUCCCGUCGGUGCUUUUCGUGGAUAAAGUCGUGGUUUCAUCAAGUCUAACAGUCUUAUUUGUCUCAUGUUUUUAAAGAGAAGACUAAAAAUCAAUUUACUUGAACAAUAGAUAAAGCCUUUCAUAAGUACUAUUACUACUACUCCUUUUUGUUUUGUUUGUUUGUUCUUUUUUUCUUUGUUUUUUUGUUAUUCUUUCUUUUUUUUCUUUUUUUUUGAUAGGAGUCCCUCUUUGCUAAAUUUGUUGUUGGGUAAUUAGCUAUAUAAAAAUUCUUAAAAGUUACAGUGUCAGCUUGUGAAGCAUCUAUGUCAUUCUAUUAUUUCAUUUCUAUUGUGGGAAACAAUAUUUAGAUGUGUUAUGUUGUUCAGCAAAAAUGUGAUUUUUUUUUCUUAUAAAGAAAAAACAAGAUGAGUGGAAUUUAGUGCCAAAUUCUGACGGUACAUCCUGCCUACAGCUUCAGUGUUUUACUUGUGAAAUUAUUUGAUAACAUGGGUAUUUUAUUACGUAAGUGUUUUGUAUGGAACCCUCAUAUUUAAAGAUAUAGAUUUAAAAAAAGGUUGUUAACUUGCUCUUCUGUGGUCUUGUUGCCUGAAACUGUUCAUGUUUUUGAUUUCUUUCUUUCUUUUUUCUUUAUUUGUAAAGAUGUACAAAGUGCCCAUGUGUCAUAAUCGCUCUCACAAGCACACACACACACAUACAUUCACAGGUAAGCACACACACACACAUGCACGCAUACACACACCUAUGCGAAAGGUUGACCUCACAACCCUCUUUUCUUUGACGGUGUGUGUAUGUGAGCCCCUGAGAUUGAGUCUCAGCAGUUCCCCUUACACAAACAAACACACACACACACAAUGCAUUUACACCACAGAAUGCUCCAAAUUUGACAGGACAAAUUCAUCUGAUAUAUGAUAUUAUGUGUGAUGGGACAAAAUAUUGAUGUAUUUUUGUGAAUUGUGAAUCAGGCAUUGAACUUUUGACCAUCAUAAUAGAAUACAGGGCCAUUAAGACAUAAUCAUUACGCAACAAUUGAUCGGUGUUCCUCGAAACGUCUCAGUGUAGUCUCGCUUUCUGCUGCCUUUAUCAGGACUAUUUUACGUUCGUAGGACAAACAAAACUCCGUCCUGAUGCCAAAGUAGUUCAGCAUGAUCCACAGUGUUCGAUAGCGCCUGUAGCACUUUGCUGUAAACGUUUACACAUCUUUCGAACGGCCCGUAAAAAUAUUGUUUACGAACGUAGUUUACAGGCAGCCCCCUUAAACCAGUUUACUUCACUAUAUAGCACUAUUUUAUACCCAAGCUCUGCCGUUGCCUUAACACGUCGAUCAGUAUUAAUGGGCUGGAAUACAUUGCUGCACAUUUAAUAUGUGUGCCAAGGUUGUGUGUGUGUGUUUUGAGUGACUGUGUUGUGUGACGGUUGAUCGUUGUAUAUACGUCCGCGUUAUUUCGUAAUCUUUAGCCAAAACCGGAUCUGCCAAACUUUGUGCCAGCAAAAAAAAAACAAAAGUGACUCUUUUAUGAAACAAGAACAAAUUUGUGUAACUUAUUUGUUACCAUUUGUAUAGAAAUGUAAACAUUUUUUUGUGAAUAAAAGUUUUUGCUUAAAUUGUGCGCAAGCAGAACUAAUUUCCAUAUGUACUAUAUAUAAAAAACCAUUCAUACAUAAAUUGCCAUAUAAAAACAGUCUCAAGUAAUUUUUUACCCAUUCUUGUGUUGUUUGUUGCACACAUUCUGUAAGAAUAUGUAAAUCAAGUGUCUGUUCUCCAAACUAACUGAACUGUUACGUGACCUAUGGCUAUUUUUGCACACAAGAACAUUUGUAUAAACUGUUUGUAAAAACGGUGACAGUUUUUGUAUGAAUGGUUUUUACAAAAAAUUUAUUAGACUUGUCUUUCAUGAAAGAGGCCCCAAAAAAUGACAUUUUUUUUGUUUUUUAUUUCCCCCUUAAUGAGCAAGUUUCGUAUUGGGAAGUUCGAGUCAGUUUAUGAUAUACUUUCACCAAAUCGUACAAACACAAAAGCACACGCGCACUAGCAAAGCGUUAAAACGCGCAGUAUUAAAAUUGAUGACUUCUUACGCUUACCCAGUAAAGUCUUUUGACUCGCUGCUUAACAUCCCAGAAAGUCGUUGGAAAUAGUUCGCGAGACCGAGUUCUAUGUUGCACGUAAGCAAUUAUUAACAUGCUAAAUUUUUCAUGGAAUGCAUCUUUGUUUGACCUCAUUUAAUUGGUUUGACUUGAUGUAAUAUCACUCUCUAAUGAACUGCGGUUCGGCUUAAGUGUUUUUACCUCAGAACAGUGCAUUAUCGUUUCCGUCAUUUAUCACACUUCAUCACAAUCAACUUCAGACAAACAGGGUACGCUUUCACGGCCAGCACAAUUUCACAAACACAUGAAGCCACACAUUUGUCAGAUGUUUAGUAAAGCACAAACUCUACAGGGAGUUCUCGCUGAGACUCUUUCGCUCAGGGGUUUUACACGCCACACGCAUCUGAAAACUGUUUGUUGUUUCUGUUGUUUCUUUCUUUCUUUCUCUUAAGUGCUAUUUAACAAGUGUAUUUUAAAGAAAAAGACAAACGAUGUGUAGUUUCCUUUUGCAUUUUGGCUUCUGUCAAGUUUUUUGGAAAUGUAUGUGUUUAUCUAAUGUGCCGUAACAAAAGCUUGUCGUCUGUAGAUUAAUAUCAUUUCGUUUGAUUCUAAAAAGAUUUCAGUAGUUUUAAGUAUUGUCUUGAGAAAAGCCAAAGUCGAUGCAUUUCAGUGGAUUAUGUAAGCGUGAUACAUGUUUGUUUGACAACACUUUGAAAAUCUGUCUUUGGAUGGGAAUUUAAAAAGUACAAAAAAAAAAAAAAGCAGGCUUUCCUAUUUCUAUCACUGAUUGUACUUAUGCCUUUUGUACCAGUGGAACUUUUUAUACUGGCAAUUAAAGGAAAAAGAAAAAAAAAACUAUCCGACAGGCUGCGGGCCGACAGCGACUGGUUCCCGAGUUUGAUUUCUAGUUGGCGUCCAGAACGUUAGGUUUUGAUAUAAAGAUUUUUUUUUUUUUGUUUUUAGAAGAACUUUGGCUUGGUAUCUUUAGCCUCCUCUUCUUUAUUCUUCACAUCAAUAUUUGCUUUCCAUUUCCUUUUGUUCAUUUCCUCUCUCGGAAAGAGGGUCGAGGAGUUUUCCUUUUGGCUUCUAAAUACGUAAUGCCGUUUGUCUUUACAACAGCGGUAAGUUUCAUUUAGUUAAGUAUUGUGCAGUCACCAUGAUAAAGACGAUUUAGAAGUACUUAGACACCUUCAGUGGAUAAAUGUAUUAGUUUGACAAACGAGAUAAAAGUAAUUUGAGGACUUUGCUUUUAGCUGGUUAGAUUUUUCUGGUUUCUCUGUCUUUGCUGUUAACCUAACUGUGUAGCUGGAACAGUCAGACUUAUUUUUGUAAAUGUAUGUUCUUGUGUGAUGCAGUUUUUUGCCUCUGUCUCCGAUAUUAAACCAUUUUUCCUAA